GUCCUACUACAGUAUCUCUCCUCCUGUCACAGAUACCCACAGUGUUACUUGCUGCCGCAGGUCAGCUCGUUAAAACUGUACAUCUCAAUUUUUUUUUUAAUUUUUUGGCAGGGGACCUUGACCCGGGACAGAGAUGGCAGGAGCGGCGGCACCGAAGCGGCAGGACACCCGGAAAUUUUUCGAGAAUCUGUCCGGCGCUGGUAAAUCCAUCGCAGUGUUGACCAGCGGAGGAGAUGCCCAAGGCAUGAACGCAGCCGUCAGGGCGGUCGUCCGAAUGGGCAUCUACGUAGGAGCGAAGGUCUACUUCAUCCACGAGGGUUACCAGGGUAUGGUGGACGGUGGAGACAACAUCAAAGAGGCGACGUGGGAAAGCGUCUCCAGCAUGUUGCAAGUGGGUGGCACAGUCAUCGGCAGCGCCCGCUGUAAAGAAUUUCGUACCCAUGAGGGCCGUCUGAAGGCGGCACACAACCUCGUGCUGCGCAGCAUCACCAACCUGUGUGUGAUUGGUGGAGACGGCAGCUUGACCGGAGCCAACCUGUUCAGAGAGGAGUGGAGCAGCCUGUUGGAUGAGCUCCAACAGCAAGGUCUGAUCGACGCGGAGGCAGCCCGCAGUAACUCGGAGCUCCACAUUGUUGGUAUGGUCGGCUCCAUCGACAAUGACUUCUGCGGCACUGACAUGACCAUUGGCACCGACUCGGCCCUGCAUCGGAUCAUUGAGGUGGUGGACGCCAUCAUGACCACCGCUCAGAGCCACCAGAGGACAUUUGUUCUGGAGGUCAUGGGCAGACACUGCGGAUACUUGGCCCUGGUCAGUGCCCUGGCAUGUGGGGCAGAUUGGGUUUUUAUCCCUGAAAUGCCCCCUGAAGAUGGCUGGGAGGAUAACAUGUGUCAGAAACUGUCUGAGAACCGUGCUGAUAAGAAAAGGCUGAACAUUAUUAUUGUAGCCGAGGGUGCCAUAGAUUGCCACAACAAGGCUAUAACUCCUGAUUAUAUCAAGGAUCUGGUAGUCCGCUGCCUGGGUUUUGACACCAGGGUCACCAUCUUGGGCCAUGUGCAGAGAGGUGGGACCCCCUCCGCCUUUGACAGGAUCCUGGCCAGUCGUAUGGGCGUGGAGGCAGUGCUGGCGUUGUUGGAGGCGUCUGCGACCACCCCGGCCUGCGUCGUGUCUCUGGUCGGCAACCAGGCUGUUCGACUGCCACUUAUGGAGUGUGUUCAGAUGACCCAGGAAGUACAGAAAGCCAUGGAUGAGAAGAAAUUUGAUGACGCAGUCAGGCUGCGUGGGAGGAGCUUUGAAAACAAUCUGAGCACCUACAGACUCCUCUCCUACCGGAAAGCAGACUCUGAACUUCCCAAUAGCUCGUUUAACGUGGCGGUGUUGAACGUCGGUGCACCGGCAGCAGGUAUGAACGCUGCCGUGCGCUCUGCCGUCAGAGUGGGAAUCACUGAAGGCCACAAGAUGUUUGCUGUCAAUGACGGCUUCGAGGGAUUUUACAAAGGACAGAUCAAGGAGAUCAAAUGGGGAGAUGUAGGUGGUUGGACUGGCCAGGGAGGAUCGCUGCUAGGGACAAAAAGAACUCUUCCAGGCAAACAUCUGGAUAAAAUUGCUGAGCAGAUGAGGAUCCAUAACAUCAAUGCCCUGCUUGUCAUCGGAGGAUUUGAGGCCUACGUGGGAUUACUGGAACUUUCUUCUGCUCGGGACAAAUAUAGUGAACUCUGUGUGCCCAUGGUUAUGGUCCCCGCCACCGUCUCCAACAAUAUACCUGGUUCAGACCUCAGCAUUGGCUCAGACACUGCUCUGAAUGCCAUUACUGAUGCCUUUGAGUCCCUGCUGCAGCUGUACGAGGCCCGGGCCGACUACGAGGAGCUUUGCGUCCCGAUGUGCAUGCUGCCUGCCACCAUUAGUAACAAUGUGCCCGGCACCGACCUCAGUAUCGGCGCCGACACGUCCCUCAACGCCAUCGUGGAGACAUGCGACCGCAUCAAGCAGUCGGCCAGCGGCACCAAGCGGAGAGUUUUCAUCAUUGAGACUAUGGGCGGCUACUGCGGCUACCUGGCCACUGUGGGCGGUCUGGCUGCUGGCGCCGACACCGUCUACAUCUAUGAGGAGCCGUUUGACAUCAGGGACCUGCAGGCCAACGUGGAGCAUCUGACGCAGAAGAUGAAGACGAGCAUCCAGAGAGGCUUAGUGCUCAGGAAUGAGAACUGCAACGAGAACUUCACCACUGAUUUCGUCUACCAGCUGUACACUGAGGAGGGUCGGGGAGUGUUCGACUGCAGGAAGAACAUCCUUGGCCACAUGCAGCAGGGAGGAGCUCCAUCUCCAUUUGAUAGAAACUUUGGCACCAAAGUUGCUGCUAAAGCCAUCCAGUGGAUCACGCAGACGCUCAAGGACUCUUACAAAGGAGGGCGAGUGUUUGCUAACUCGGAGGAAACUGCGUGUCUGUUGGGGAUGCGGCGCAGAGCUCUGGUCUUCCAGCCUGUGUCACAGCUCCGGGACGAGACCGACUUUGUCCACAGGAUCCCUAAGGAGCAGUGGUGGCUGAAGCUCCGCCCACUGAUGAAAAUCCUGGCCAAGUACAAGACGAGCUACGACGUGUCCGACUCCGGCCAGCUGGAGCACGUGGCCCGGCUCCGACCCAAAGAGACCAAAACCUCAUCGGCCAUCUGAACCGCUGCCCUGCCGGCAACAGCGAGCGACACCCCAACAUGAAACUAGCUUCACAAAACAGUGAUGGCUGCUCACACAAUGACUGACUGACUGCUGAUUGAUUGCAAAUAAAUUAAGGCUGAUUUUAAAAUUUAGUAGGUGACAUUAAAAAGUUGUAUUGUAUGAUUAAGUCAUGGCACUUUUCAGAAGGGAUCUUAAGAUGACAUCAAAUUUGAGGGUAGUCAUUUGGAAUAGAGCUCUUUAUGUAGCUAGCAGCACUAACAUUGUAUUUUCUUGAUCCCCAAUCAUAGUUAUUAUAUACAUUAUUAUAUAUAUGCAUUCCUCCUUAUGUACUGUACAAGUAUUCACGUUUUAGUCCUGGAAAUGUAGCUAUAUCUAUAUUUUUUUUAAAGAUACUUAGCAAACAUCUGUGUUGCAUAAAGGAGGCUGAGGUGGGUUAUGCAUUUAAAGUCUCGCUCUUGUCAUAUUUAUUUUCUACAGCACUUUGAGCCCAAUAAUUAUUGUAAUGUAAUGUAAUCCCCUAAAGCUGCUUUUAAAGAGGGAAUUUAUGCUAGGAGGAGCACAUGCUAGCAGUCUGACGCUUGUUCACACCUUGAAAAACAUCCACCAUUUUGACUGAGAAAUGUGACCUACAGUAGGUUAACUGUAAGGCUUUAGGCGGAGCUGGCUGUGUGUUGUGUCCUGUCACCUGCUAACUCUGUGUAUGAGUGUGUGUGGUCUUGCCUUUGCUGUAUCCACCCUGGGCUUUUGUACGUGGCAUCUUCCAGUGGUUAUUUGUGAGUAGGGUCCUGCUGUUUCGGAUAAUGUUGGAAACUGUAUGCAACAUUAACUUUAUGUGCUGACAGUGUGAUGUGAGUGUCCUGUCACAGAGUAUUAAAGCAUCUAUUGUGUGGAAAGAUA